AUGGCGCAGUCUGACCCAAGAUCCCGGCCCCUGGUGGAAGAUUUUGUCCAGUACAAGCUGUGUCAGCGGGGUUUGGUUCCAGAGCCAGUUGGACCUCCAUCAUGUAGUCUACAUUCAGCUAUGCGUGCUGCAGGGGAUGAGUUUGAGGAACGUUUCCGACAGGCAUUCAGUGAAAUAUCUACACAGAUACAUGUGACCCCUGGCACAGCAUAUGCACAUUUUGCUGAGGUGGCAGGUGGUCUGUUCCAAGGUGGGGUUAACUGGGGUCGUGUGGUGGCAUUCUUUGUGUUUGGAGCUGCACUUUGUGCAGAAUGUGUCAACAAAGAGAUGGCUCCCCUUCUACCACGGAUCCAAGACUGGAUGGUGACCUUUUUGGAGACCAACUUGAGAGACUGGAUGCAAAGCAAUGGGGGAUGGAACGGGUUCCUGGCUCUGUAUGGCGAUGGUGCGAUAGAAGAAGCAAGAAGACAGCGUGAAGGAAACUGGGCCUCUCUGAAAACCGUACUGACUGGGGCAGUGGCUCUUGGGGCUCUUAUGACUGUAGGAGCUCUGUUUGCCAGCAAAUGA